CACCGUCCCUUUCUUGUCUUGUCUGUUUCUGUUAUUGGCGUUCGAGGUGGCUCGCUGUUUACGCUUCAGCUGUCACUCGUCAGCGGCACAGGCAGCUUCUCUUUUUGGGCGUGCGUCGAGCUGCCGCUUGGGAGCUGAAUAACAGCUGCGAGCCACCUUUUCCCAGGGUCCUUCUCUGAUUUGCCCCCCUCUCUCCCCUGAGCUGGGCGCAAGAUGGCUGCUACAAAGGCGGCUCGCUAUGCCGACUCGCUGGACGACGCCCGAUGCGAGGGCAACUGGCCAGAUGUUCCGGAGCUGGUUCGCAAGAUCCGCAAACACGAUCCGGCGCGAGAAUGCCUCACGCUGACCGCCGAAACGGAAUGCGCCAUCUCCAAGGUGACCGCCGCCGGCACGCAGCCGUCCGACCUCGACGUCCCGAACCGACUCCCGAGGCUCAUGGCCGUCAUCGAGUCCGAAUCGCGCCCCGAGGAACGGUUCCAGGCCCAGGUUUGCGUCGGGUGGCUGCAUUGGGUGGUCGGCGAGUACUCUUUGGCCCUGGAGCGACUGCCCAAGAGCCUCACCGCAGAAAUUCCAGACAUCGACCCGGCGAAUACGGCCUCGGAAUGGACCAGCGUGUGUGCACUCAAGGCUGCCUACCUCAGGGCGAACUGCUUGAUGAGAGACGGAUUGAGGCUGCCUGCGCUGGCUGCACUGCAGGAGGGUCUCCCGUCACUGGACCGGGUCUGGAGCGGUCACGGCAUCCGCAAGCAGCUGCGAUACUGGUCAGAGCUGUUUCUUACGGAGCAUUGCAUGCUCACCAGCGAGGCGCUUCACAACAGCGAGAUUUUUCUCGACGAUCCCAACUCCAUCUCCAGCUUCCGGUCUUGGGCGAGAUACUGGAAAAUUAUGUCGGCCCCUGUCACGGGCGGCUUCGGCUUCAAGGGUUCCGUGCCGCGGAGGAGGAUCUGGAACGAGUACUACCUGGCGUUGUCGCGAAUCCUGGAGAACGAUCUCCCCUAUCCGACCGGGCAAGCUGAAAAGAUGGUUGAUGAUAUGUCGGCUCGAAGCCAGUUGAGGGUAGAAUUGCAACGAGCAGAGUCGGCUUAUCAGGCCCUCCUGCUCAGCGAGACUGCCUUUCCCCGAGCCGACGAAGAACGCGCGGAAGUCGAGACAUUUAUCAAGCAAGUCAUGAUGAAUUGGUCCAUUCUUUGCGGCCGUGGAUGGAGUGAGCAAGAUUUGGGUCAGGGUGGUCGGGAUCUCCUGAGCCGGAGCGUCCUCGAAACACUGUACAGCGCCGCGACGAGAACAUAUCACUCAACUGCUAUUCUCCGAUCUUUAUUCACCGUCCACUUGUCUGUGGCUGAAUUUGACCUGGCCUUCAAAGCCCUCGACUCCUACCUGGACAUUGUGAAGAAGGGCAAGGCGCGAGUGGCCAAGACGGGACACCCUGAGCCGAGCUUGGACGACGACAAGACUGCCUUGGAAACCGUGUCACAGGGUGUCAUGGUGCUGUGCACGUACGGCCAUCUGCAGGCUGCCGAAAAGGCCCGGCAGCUGGGUGCUGAACUUGAGGAUUGGCUUUCCAAGCUUCCACACGUAAAUGCGCAGGAGAACGGCACUCCUGUGAUUGCGGAGGAGAAAGAAGAGAGCCAGGUGCAGCCGGACGCCCCACCGCCUCAAACCGUGGCCCUCGCAUGGCAAGCCAUUGGCCUUGCGCAUGCUCACUGGUCUCGAGUGACGACCGAAGCCGGAUCACGGGCUGAGAUACAGUCCAAAGCCAUCAGAUGCCUCCGGAGGUCUCUGGCCCCCGAAUACGGUCGGUCAAAGGACGUGCGAAGCUUCUUCGCCCUGGGUCUCUUGCUGGCUGAGCGUCGCGAGCUUGCUACGGCUAUCGAGCUCGUCAGAUCGGCGCUGAUGGCCGUGCACGGGUUCGAAGAGGACUACAACCUGUUUUACGGGCCGUACUGGCAGGAGAGGUCUCUCAUCCCCCUGUGGCACCUCUUGGCCCUUCUCCUGAGCGCCCGGCAAGACUACACCAUGGCAGCGAGGGCCUGCGAGGGUGCCUUGGAGCAGUUCAAGGACCCGACCGUUCUCUUCGGCAAGGCAGACGGCGGGUUCCGCAGUGAGCACCUCAACGACGCCGAAAAGGCCGCGCCCCCGAGAGGACUUGUCGAUGAUAUGAGUGAUGAAGAGAAGGUGGGAAUUCUGGACGUCAAGAUGACACAGCUCGCUUUGGUUGAGCUCAUGGAAGGACCAGACGUCGCCGUGAAUGCCAGUUAUGAACUGCUGACUCUGUUUGCACGAUUAUUCGGUAGCAUCGACGUGCAACAGCCAGCACUCAAGCCACCAGUUGUGAGAGAACCGCCCAAGACCUCACGCACCUUCAAGGGCAGCAUCUUUGGGUCGCGCGCGGACAGGUCGAGACCACCCACCAAGCAGAUGAGCAACGCAACGCUGGGUGAGAAGACAGUAACGCCAGAUCGGCCUGCCACGUCACACACGACUGCCCCUAGCAUCGCCCCAACCGUUCAGGUCACGGCAGAAAACGGGACACGACGGUCACGGAGCGGCAGCCUCGGUGCCCAGACCCAGAGGAGCGAGUCUGGAAGGAGAAACAGUUUGAAGAAGAAGGCCACUAGAAGCGGCAGUCAGCGGCGUAGGUCGUCGAGCCUGGGCGGCCUCUCACAUCAGGCUACUGUUAUCGGAGACGACUCGACCGAUCACGACUUCUUUUCCACCGCCGGCAGGCGUCUGCAGUCUCGAAUGGCAAAUUCCUCUCGGGGAAGGACGCGCUCUUCCAUGAACUCGUACCUCUCCACAAACUCCAAGUACGCCGAUGAUGAUCUAUCAGGCGACGUUAGCUUCACCCUACCUCAUCUUCUACCCCUGAUCAAGUUCCCGAAAGACAAGGAGCGGAAUCAGCGGACAGCCAUUCUGAUCAAAGUGUGGCUGAUGAUUGCCGGAUUCUACCGCCGGGCAGGGAUGCUGGAAGACUGCAAGGGCGCUGUUGCUGAGGCGCAGAAGCUCAUCCAGACGCUUGAGAGUGAUGUGGCAAAAGACCCGGCCAGCGGGCCAGCAACAAGCCGAAGUCCAUCUUGGGGUGAGAAGAAGAGUAUCGAUGAGCUAUGGGGUGACAUAUACUCUGAGCUGGGUUUCCUAGCCGUGGCCAAAGAAAUGCCAUAUGCUGCUCGGGCCGAGUUCGAGUCUGCUUUGGCGUAUUACCCCGAUCAUCCCGCAGCAAUCGUUGGACUAUCCAACAUUCUUCUUGACAUUUAUAGCGAGAAGCUGCUUCCAACGCCCGCAAUCCCCCCCUUGGACGGACACGAGAUCUUUGACGAUGCCGGCCAAGCCACCUCUGAAUCUUCGCCAACCGCCCUCAAGACGCUACCAUUCACUCCCCUGGGGCUUAAAGAUUCUGCCAAAGCUACAGGCUCCGGCGGCGAGUCUCGAGAUGAAGAUGCACUUCCCCAGCCCUACAAGGCUUUCCAUCUGCCUCUCAUUGACCGCCUAGCCGCGCGUGACCGUGCAUUUACGCUCCUGUCGGGACUUACCCGCCUCGGCACGGGCUGGGACUACUCAGACGCGUGGUUCGCGCUCGCUCGCGCCCACGAGGAGAGCGGGCAUGUUGACAAGGCCAGGGAGGUGCUCUGGUGGUGCGUCGAGCUUGAAGAGGCCAUGGGUGUGCGUGAUUGGCGGAGUCUCGCCGGCGGAGGCUACAUCAUCAUCUGAGCAAGUUGGGACGGCGAAUUUUCAGACCAUUCCGGCAAAUCUUCUCCCACCCAACCUUUUUUCCCCCUUUAUGGACCCCGUUUUUUUCUUUUCCUUUCUCAUUCUAAUUGGCUGCUGUUGGGGAGAAGAACAAGGAGGGAAAUUGGUGUUGCGUGAUGGAGGAGGGCACCGUAUAAAGAAAGAGGAGGGAGAUUUGUUGCGAUAACAAGGCACGGUG